AUGUAUAUAUAUAAUUUUUUGUUUAUAUUUAGGGUGGUCCAUGGCAUACAUGGCCACCCCCUAGAUCCGCCCCUGCCGUCACUCCGUCGAUCUACCAUCAGUCUCAAGCUCUCCUUCUCCGAGAAUGAUAACCCGCGACUCCCGUUGGCCUUGUUGCAUUGCAGUCAGCAUGCAAGAUGGCAAGCUUGGAUCUUUCCUGAUGCAGCCAGCAAAAACCUUCACUUCAGAACUAUUAGUUCAAGACCACAUGCCCCAGAAAAGAGGCAGUCGAAGCUCGUGAUGUUGUUGCAGUCAAGUUCCGAAUUGAAUGUUAUCAUUGUCAAUUAAAUUGACUUUGCAAGCAGUGUUUCUGCUAUUGUAUAAAAAUUAAUAAUCAUUGAUUACAAUUAAUUAGUUUAUCAUCUGUACAAACUAUCAAUCAAUUUUAUUUU